UAUUUGACGUCAUCUCCAUGCGACUAUUUUGAAUGCUGAUGUCGAUAGAGCAUUUUUAGAUUUCAACGGUCUCUAAUAAAGCUAGCGUGUUUAUGAUGAUAAGGAGUGCUAAACUGAAUAGUCUGCGGAUUGUAUCCCACAGUCAAACACAUGAAAUUACCUGAGGUAGUGUUAGCUAAAUGUACAAUGCACGUCGGUGGCUAAUUAUGAUAGACACCGCUCGGUAAAUACUAGCUGGUUGUCUGUUGCUAACUUAGUUAAUAUACCUGCAGUUUUACUUUCAGGUCACGCUAAAAACGCUGAAAAUGUUAGUUGUUUAUUUACCUUUCAAGCUAGCGACAAAAAUGUGUUAGAUGAGUUGCUAAUAUGAAGUGCCAUGCAGCUAGCUAAGGUGUAAGACGUUAUUUCUAUCGGUCUACAGGGGGCUAACGUAGAUCACUUAAUUCACUUAUGUUAGUGAGAGAGACAAGGGAUGGAGUUGUGCCAGAUGGCGAUCAAAAUAGAGGGCGAUGAACCAGAAAAGAGGGCUGGCGUGAACGUGAAGGAGGAAGAGCAGGAGUCAGAGAUAAAUCGAGCGGAGACCCUUAAUACUAGGACGCCCGUUCCAGUGCCCGGUCUGCGGGGACAGCUUCAUCCAGUCUCACGCCCUGCUCAACCAUCAGCGCCGCCAUGUCCGCCAGUCUCGCUACACCUGUCGAGAUUGCCCCCGCACCUGCCAAACCUUGGCUCAGCUUCUGGCGCAUCGCCACACCCACCUACCUGUCGGCCAUCCGCUGCCCACACCUCCAGCAACCGCUGAAGGACCUCGACCGCCAUCCGUCUCCUCCCUGCAGUGUCCGCGGUGUUUCAUCACCUUCCGGGACCUGCAGACCAGCCUGCAGCACAUGCGCCUGCAGCACCCCGCUCUCUACGAUGCCGUCUCCUCCCUGCAGUGUCCGCGGUGUUUCAUCACCUUCCGGGACCUGCAGACCAGCCUGCAGCACAUGCGCCUGCAGCACCCCGCUCUCUACAAGCGCCGGCUGCGGGCCCGCACCGUCUUCGCCUGCCGCCGCUGCGAACGCACCUUCCCCUCCUCCCGCCAGCUCUCCACCCACCAGCGAGCCCACCGCCAGGGCCGGGAAGCAGGCCGGGAGGAGGGGGAGGGGCAAGAGGAAGAACGCCAAGAUGCCCAGCCCACAUCGCCCUCCCUGCUUCCCCUUCCUGACCGGCACAAGUGCCCACACUGCAACUUCCUCUUCAGAGAUGCUAAGACCAAAAUGCGCCACAUGAACGUCAAGGACCCCACAGGCUGCCCCCUGCCCCCUCCACUGUUCUUCUCUACAGGAGACGAGGAGAGGGAGGAGGAGGAGGAAGUGGUGAUGGCGGUGCAGGUUAAAGAGGAGGAUGAGGGUGAGGUAAAGCAUGAGGAAGACGAUUUCUCCACAGCUCUCCGUCACCGUGGCAACCUGAAUCCAGCCUCACUGCAUCAGGGCGAGGGCAAGGAGGGCGUGGUCAAGGUGCCAAUCAAGCCUGAUGCAGGAGACGUGAGAACGAAAGAGGAGACGAUAGAGGGAGUCUGCGAGUGCGCCCUCUGCGGGAAGGGGUUCGAGCAGCUGCUCGCCGCGGCCGGGCAAAGGCGCCGUGGCCGGCGCAGGGAGCACUCUGCCCCCCCGGGGGCCCGGGGCCACGCCUGCGGGCACUGCAGGCAGCUGUGUCACAGCCAGGAGGCGCUGCGGCAGCACCAGAGGCUGCACACGCUGGAGCGGCCCUACCUCUGCCAGGUAAAGGUGUGGCUGCUCUGCAGGGGAAAGCUGUGGCUGCUCUGCAGGGAAAGAUGUGGCUGCUCUGUCGGGAAAGAUGUGGCUGCUCUGCAGGUAAAGGUGUGGCUGCUCUGCAGGGGGAACUGUGGCUGCUCUGCAGGUAAAGGUGUGGCUGCUCUGCAGGGGGAACUGUGGCUGCUCUGCAGGUAAAGGUGUGGCUGCUCUGCAGGGAAAAGCUGUGACUGCUCUGCAGGGGAAACUGUGGCUGCUCUGAUGGGGAAACUGUGGCUGCUCUGAUGGGGAAACUGUGGCUGCUUCGCUGUGUUGCGACUCUGUUUGUUUAGCAAAUGUCUGGUUUUCUGUCUGGAGGCUGCCCCAUUUGUUCUGUGGCUUCUGUAUUCUGAGGGAGCCAACUGUGUAAAAAAUUUUUUAUUUCUGAAUAGUAAUUCGGCCAUGGUGGUGUCAGCCAUAAUUUUAAACUUGCACUCUCCAAACAAAUUUGUUUACCGCACCUUCAUAUCUAGUUAAGGGCAAUACAUUUUGUGUUACUAACAGUCUGUGUUAAAAAGUUUCCGUUUGUAAAAAAAAAAAAAAAAAA